CUUUGUGCCCUGUGAACCCUCAAGAGGUGUGAUGUGAUGUCUGGCAUGCAUUUGUCUGACAAGGUGGGUCAUCCAUGGAUCACACUCGUUUGUCGGCUACUUGUCCAUCAUGAAGCUAAAUCUUUUUCUCUUGUGUCUCACCGGUAUUGUGCCUAUCACCCUGUCCACCGUCACUCACACCUACAAGCUGAUCAUGACGCCAAUGACGUGGUCAGCUGCGCAGAAUUACUGCAGAGGAACAUACGGUGACCUGGCUGCAGUUGAAAGUUCUGAUGAUAAGUCAAAGAUAACAGCAGAAGCAGUAAAAUACAGUAUGACUACCCCCGGAUGGAUUGGACUAUAUAACAAUGUGGACAGCUGGCGUUGGUCCUUAAACAAUGUCCUAUUGAAAGAUACAGCUCUGAAAAACUGGGCCUCUUCUGAGCCUUCUAAUGAUGGUGCAUGUGGUGCAAUUGAUAACACGGGGUACUGGUCAGCCAAGCGCUGCAUAGCCCUAAACACCUUCGUCUGCUAUGAUUCUACACGCGUCAACGACUACAUCCUCUAUGCCAGUCUGCAGGACUGGUUUGGAGCUCAGGCUUACUGCAGAACAUUUCACACCGAUUUGGCCAGUGCAACCACCCAGGCAGAGAACAAUAAAUUCAUAAAUACAAUUUCCUCUGUCAGUUCAGCUUGGUUUGGUUUAUUUAGGGACCCUUGGACAUGGACAGAUGGGACUAUAGGUACAAACCUCUCAUGGAGUGUCUUUAACCCUAAUUAUGCAGUAGGGGACUGUGCAACAUUUAAGGGCGGAAUGUUCUUUAGUGGAUCCUGCAGCAAUCCAUAUCCCUUCUACUGCCACUCCAUUCUACCAGUGAGGCAGGUGCAGAUAAUAAAACUGCAGGUGAAGUCUGAUGUAAGUGUCCUUGAUCCUGCUGUCCAGUUGUCCACUUUGCAGCAGAUCAAGCAGAAGCUGGACGGAUUGGGUGUGGUGAACACGACAGUGACCUGGAGGGUGCAGCCAAAUAAAAAGAUCUUCUACAAGGAAAAUAAAUACCUGUAACAUCUAACCUCUCUCUAAAAUUAACAGAUGUAGCUAAAUGUUAUAAUAUUAUGUACUUUAAUCAUCAUGAAACUAGAGAAAU